CCCCCGUAUUGCUCGGGAAAAUAACAGAUUAUAUUCUCCAUCCAAAGUCCUAUAAGUACAAGGACUGAGGAAGAAGAAAAUAUGCAUUGAAAUCUCAGCUGAGUUCAAGAAGAUUAGAUCAAACAUGGGUUCUUUUACAGCAUUUUAUCUUCUUGUUUUGUAUUUGGUUUUGAAUGCAGCAAUACUCUGUAAUGGCGGUAAGACCAGCAGUUAUGUGAGGAACAUUAAGGGCUGUAUCGACAUGCCUCUUGAAAGUGAUGUCUUUCAAGCCCCUCCAGGCUACAAUGCACCUCAGCAGGUUCAUAUAACCCAAGGGGAUCAUGUGGGAAAAGCUAUGAUUGUGUCAUGGGUGACUAUGGACGAACCGGGCUCAAAUACAGUUGUUUACUGGAGUGAGGGUUCCAAGGACAAGAAAAUGGCAGAGGGCAAGCUCACCAGAUAUAAGUUCCAUGAUUAUACCUCUGGGUAUAUCCACCACUGCAACGUAAAAAAUUUAGAGUUCAACACCAAAUACUACUAUGAGGUUGGGAUUGGACAGACUGUGAGGAGGUUCUGGUUUAUAACUCCUCCUGAAGUUGGCCCUGAUGUUCCAUACACAUUUGGUUUGAUAGGUGAUUUAGGGCAAACUUUUGAUUCAAAUGUGACACUAACUCAUUAUGAAUCAAGUCCCCAUAAGGGUCAAGGAGUAUUGUUUGCGGGAGACAUGUCUUAUGCAGAUGAUUAUCCCAAUCACGAUAAUGUCAGGUGGGAUACAUGGGGAAGGUUCGUUGAGAGAAGUGUUGCUUAUCAACCAUGGAUGUGGACUGUAGGAAAUCAUGAAAUCGAUUAUGUCCCAUAUCUUGGAGAAGAUAAACCUUUCAAGCCUUUCAGUCACCGUUAUCGUGUUCCUUUUCGAGCAUCAGGGAGCACUUCUCCCUUCUUUUACUCAAUAAAGAGGGCUUCAGCUUACAUCAUAUUCUUAUCUUCAUAUGCAGCUUAUGGUAAAUACACUCCUCAAAACCUAUGGCUUGAAAAGGAGCUACAAAAAGUUAACAGGUCUGAGACUCCAUGGUUAAUUGUUGUUGUGCAUUCUCCAUGGUAUAACAGUUACAACUACCAUUACAUGGAAGGAGAAUCCAUGAGAGUUGUAUUUGAGUCAUGGCUUGUAAAGCACAAGGUUGAUGUUGUAUUCGCUGGACACGUCCAUGCCUAUGAGCGAACUGAACGUGUAUCUAACAUUGCAUACAAUAUUACCAAUGGCCAAGCCACUCCUGUGAAGGAUCCAUCUGCUCCGGUAUACAUAACCAUAGGUGAUGGAGGGAAUACUGAAGGCUUAGCAAACAACAUGACUGAGCCACAGCCAGACUACUCAGCUUACCGAGAAGCCAGUUUUGGUCAUGCCAUUUUCUCUAUCAAGAACAGGACUCAUGCUUACUAUUCCUGGAACCGCAACCAUGAAGGAUAUGCUGUUGAAGCUGAUUCAAUGUGGUUUUACAACAGAUUCUGGAAUCCUGUUGAUGAACCCUCACUUUCCCACUAGGGAGAACAUGCUCAUUUCCUUUGAAAAUUCCCAUUUUUGCUAGCUCUUUUAGAAUAAAUGCAGUUGGCUUUCUUAAUUCUUCUCUUCUAGUGGUUCUAUGUUUAUAAACUUGGCUUAAUUUU